AUGCAGACUUCCACCAGACUCGCGCUCCAGCGCGCACUGCGCCAAGCGCCCUCCUCACUCUCCACAACACCGUCUUCGCUCGAUUAUGCACGCUGCGCACCUCGUACUUUCUCGUGGAGAUGGCCGGCGCGCGGGUACGCUGAUGAGGCGCCGAAGAAGGCUGGGGAGGAGGUGAAGGAGGAGGUGAAGGAGACGGUCGAGGAUAAGGCGAGGAUUAUGUGGGAGGAUAAGUAUAAGAAUAAGAGUGCUGUUGGGGUGUUCUCGCCCGUCUCGGCUGCGCUUUUCGUUGCGGCGGGCGCGGGGCUGUAUUGGUACUUUACGAGCGAGAAGCAGCGGAUGAUCCAGGCGCGAGAGGAAGAACGCCAGUCCCGCUCGUACGGACGCGCGAACAUCGGCGGACCCUUCGAGAUGACGACACACGACGGCAAGACUUUCACUGAACGUGACCUUCUCGGGCGCUGGAGCCUGAUAUACUUCGGCUUUACGAACUGUCCGGAUAUCUGUCCUGAGGAGCUCGACAAGAUGACCGAAGCCGUCAACAUCCUCGACAAAAAAUACGGCCCCAUAACCCAACCCAUCUUCAUCUCCGUCGACCCCGCGCGCGACACCCUCCCCCAAAUGUCGCGUUACGUCCUCGACUUCCACCCGCGCAUGAUCGGCCUCACCGGCUCGUACGACACCGCCAAAAGGGUCUGCAAAGCGUACCGCGUCUAUUUCAGCACGCCGCCCAACACAAAGGCGAGCGAGGACUACCUGGUGGACCACAGCAUAUAUUUCUAUUUUAUGGACCCGGACGGGAAGUUCGUGGAUGCGUUUGGGAAGAGCACGAGUGUGGAGGAGGUCGUGGGGAGGGUUGAGAAGGAGUUUGGGGAGUGGAAGGCGGAGAGGGGGAGUUUGGCGUAG